AUGUCUACACAGAGUAAUAUUCCCAAUACUAACAUUCGAAAAAAGGCAAAGGACAUUAAACCUAAAAUAAAAAGACCCGAAACAGAGGACCAAAAGGUCCAGAAAAAACUCAGCAACAUUCUCAUUACACAAAUUUACCGCGAGAACUCUGCGAACGUCGCGUACAAAUGCAUUGAAACAUUGUUGAAGGUGAUAGAUAAUAUCAAGAAGGAUCCCCUCGAAGUAAAAUACCGACGGUUGGGAGUGGACAAACCGCUGGUCAGGAAUAAUUUGAGAAAUGUCAAAGGUGGCAUGGAAUUCUUGGUGGCGAUCGGGUUUCGACGGUCGGUAAAGGAUUUCAAAGAGGUUUUCUCGCUCGAAAUUCCAAAACCCGCCGACAAUAGUAAUGAAAUUGAUGACGAUAAAUUGUGGAUUCAGACUUCAGAUCUGGAAAUUGCUCAUGAAUUGCUACAAGAAAGCCUCAAUAAAGCUCUAGAACGAAAAGAAACACACGAACGAAUGUUAGAGAAGGAAAAACAAGAAGAGGGGAAACGUAAAGAGGAACAAUCAAGACAGCGAGAAGAUGAUCUGGACAGAGAACAAGCAAAUCUUAAUACGGGGUUCAAACUUGGCGAAUUGCAAAAUCCAAAUUCAUCUAAUAACGGAACCAAAGACGCGUCGUUUAAACGGUUGUUUCUGAGUAUGGCAUGGUUUAGCUCUGCAAGCAGUAAUGAGGGUUUAGUAAACAAUUUGAAACGUGCAAAAAUCAUAAACUCUCCGAGAGUUGAUGCAGCAAUGAAGGCAGUGGAUCGAGGAAACUAUGUUGACUUUGAACCAUAUCAAGACUCUCCACAAUCUAUAGGAUAUGGUGCUACUAUCUCGGCACCUCAUAUGCAUGGUUAUGCACUUGAGUCGUUAGAAAAGUUUAUGCAACCUGGCGCAAAAGUUCUGGAUGUUGGUUCAGGAUCAGGAUAUCUGACUGCUUGUAUGGCUGAAAUGGUUGGACCUGAGGGUACAGCGGUUGGACUCGAGCAUAUCCCUGAACUGGUAAAAUUGGCAGAAAAAAAUGUCCAAAAAGAUCAUCCAGAGUUUCUCGAGUCGAAAAGAAUUAAAUUUGUACAGGGUGAUGGGAGGAAAGGAUAUCCGGUGGAUGCACCUUACGAUUGCAUUCACGUUGGGGCCGCAGCUUCACGAACACCACAAGCAUUAUUGGAUCAAUUGAAAACCCCGGGAAGGAAAUUGUAUGAUACAUACAGGUUAUUUAUUCCUGUUGGCACCUCUUCGCAAGAUAUUUAUCAAAUUGACAAAGAUGAGAAUGGCAACAUUACCAAAAAACGUUUAAUGGGCGUUAUGUAUGUCCCACUCACGGAUGCGGAAAAACAAUUAAAUAGAUAG